AUGAGCAAGUGGGCAUUUUCAAGUUCCCGCCUCACAGGCCUGCUGUGUAAAGUGUGUGCAGACACCAGCAGUGGGAAGCACUACGGCAUCUACGCCUGCAACGGCUGCAGCGGCUUCUUCAAGCGCAGCGUCAGACGGAAGCUCAUCUACAGGUGCCAGGCCGGCACAGGUAUGUGCCCCGUGGACAAGGCCCACCGCAACCAGUGCCAAGCCUGCCGCCUAAAGAAGUGCCUUCAGGCUGGCAUGAACAAAGAUGCUGUGCAGAACGAGCGUCAGCCGCGCAGCACGGCUCAGGUGCGCCUGGACUCGCUGGACGUGGACCCGGAGAAGGAGCACCUGGCCACCACGCGCGAGCCCUCCUCCACCUGCUCGGUCAUCAGCCGGGCACACCUGCCGUCCUCGGGCAUCAGUACCGCCGCCGCGCCCCCACAGCGCUGCCCCAGCCCCCAGAAUGGACACCGCUUCAUGGCUAGCCUCAUGACCGCCGAGACCUGCGCCAAGCUGGAGCCAGAGGAUGUGGAUGAAAACAUUGAUGUGACCAGCAAUGAGCCUGAGAGGAACUCGCCGGACUACAACACCUCGCUGUACCCCUCCAGCAGUCCGGAGAGUGUGUACGAGACCUCCGCCCGCCUGCUCUUCAUGUCCGUCAAGUGGGCCAAGAACCUACCCGUCUUCUCUCACCUGCCCUUCAGAGACCAGGUGAUUCUUCUGGAGGAGGCGUGGAGCGAGCUCUUCCUGCUGUGCGCCAUCCAGUGGUCCAUGCCACUGGACACCUGCCCGCUGCUCUCCCUGCCGGACCUGUCCUCUCCCCAGCAGGGCAAGACCAGCCCCUCGGCCUCGGACCUCAGGGUGCUGCAGGAGGUCUUCACCCGCUUCAAGAACCUGGCUGUUGACCCAACCGAGUUCGCCUGCCUCAAGGCCAUCGUCCUCUUCAAACCAGAGACGAGAGGGCUGAAGGACCCAGAACAGGUGGAGAACCUGCAGGACCAGGCCCAGGUGAUGCUGGGACAGCACAUCCACACUCUCUACUCCAGCCAGCCAGCCAGAUUUGGAAGACUCCUACUCCUUCUACCUGCUCUUCACUUUGUGAGUUCGGAGCGGAUUGAGCUCCUCUUCUUCCACCGCACCAUUGGGAACACGCCCAUGGAGAAGCUGCUCUGUGACAUGUUCAAGAACUGA